ACUCUUUGCUGCAAUAUUUUCUUCCACUCGCUGUGGGCUUCAGAGAUAUAGAAGACGAAAUGAUUGGGUUAAUGUUUUGACUGCUGGUGUAGUAGCAGGGGCUGCUUUUGGUGCAGGCACCCGAAAUUGGAAGCAGGUUGCUGGUGCAACAGGUCUUGUGUGUCUCUUGUGUCAUGUUGCUGAGGACUCUAGAUAAAAUUUCUCUGAUUUGCUUAAAAGGGACCAAAAUACUCAGCAAUGGUUCUGCAAAUUGAUGGACCAGUCUGCCAUACUAACUAUAUGCUGUUGAUUGAAGAGCAUGGCACAGUGGAAUGCUUCACGGAGUGGAAACCGAUAUUGAGCUAAUUGAAGUUCGUACAUGAUUUUUUAUGUCGAUUUUUGGGGGAACGAACCAAACAUAUGAAUUACAAAGCAAGUAUAUCUUUGUUAUUGUUUUCACUUUAAGGCCCCGUUUGGUCA